AACUUCGCCAUUUGAUAAUGUAACGAAAAAUAACGAAUUUGUGGUUAUAUGACUUGAAAAGUUUUUAUUUAUUUUUACUAAUUUAUUGUGCAAUUCAAAGUAGAUAAUUAAUUUAAAUAGCUUAUUUAUUAUUAGGAAUUAUAUAUUUAACAAUAUUUCUACAAAACGAUCAGUUUUUAUGGCGAAUAAUGCGAUCUCAAGCGCAAUGGAGGAUGAAACUAAGUCAUACAUACAGAUCCAGAUAGAGAAACUGAAGAUAUUGCAGGCCAAGUUGUCUUCAGAGGCUGAUCAGGAUUACGUCAUUGUGAAGCAAGAACGAAGCGGCUAUGAGUCCGAAACAAGCGAGUAUUCAGAGGACUCGACGAACUACGACGAUGUGCCGGUUGCAACCAAAAUUUCUGGGUCGCGGAAGAAUAUCAAUAAGGGGAGGUGGACCAAAGAUGAGGAUAAGCGAUUAAAAAUGUACGUGAAGAUGUACACUGAGAACUGGGACCUGAUAGCGGCCCAGUUCAAAGACAGAUCCGACGUCCAGUGCCAGCAGCGGUGGACGAAGGUCGUCAACCCAGAACUAGUCAAAGGUCCUUGGACCAAGGAGGAGGACGAGAAGGUAACGGAGUUGGUUGCUAAAUACGGACCGAAAAAGUGGACGCUUAUCGCGCGGCAUUUAAAGGGCAGGAUAGGAAAACAGUGCAGAGAACGUUGGCACAAUCACCUCAACCCGUCAAUAAAGAAAACUGCGUGGACGGAACAUGAAGAUAGGAUUAUAUACCAGGCUCACAAGCUUCUAGGGAACCAAUGGGCGAAGAUUGCAAAAUUACUUCCUGGAAGGACGGACAACGCGAUAAAGAACCACUGGAACUCGACCAUGCGCCGUAAGUACGAGCCGGACUUGCUCGAGAGCUUCGAGAGCGUCCGCCGCAAGCGCGCGCGGCGCGCGGGCGCCGGCGACGACAGCCUGCACGUUGUCUACAACGACCAAUGGUCGGAAAACCUCAACGAGUCCACACAAAGCACCUCAUCGUCAAGCAGCCAGCCGCCGUCCAAACAGAUGCAGCACUUCCGGCAGCUGCUGAAGGAGCAGCUGUCCAGUCUGCAGCAGCAGCGGCCCGUGGUAAGGCAGGCCAGCCCGGACCGCGGGGGAUUGGUCGCCGCUGACUGCCAAAUCGUGGACUCUCCCAUCAAAUUUGUGAAUAUGGAGACUUUCCCGGCGGAAUCUCCGCUUCGGAGUUUGUUCAGCGCUUCAACUUCCAACGAGAACGAUAACGAUAACCAACAUGGCGUGACGUACGCGAUCCAGUCGGAGCCGAUCACAGAGAUCGUGGUGCCCUCCGUGUACAGCUCCCCCGGCAACAAGACGCUGGACUCCAACAGCCCUCCGCCCAUUUUGAGGAGGAAACCAAAGAAACCCACUAACAAUGUGUGGACGGCGGGAGACGGCGUCACUCCCAUCAAGGCGCUGCCGUUCAGUCCGUCGCAGUUCCUCAACUCCCCGCUGCACCAGGACUCCUCGCCGCUCAGGGCCAGCCACGCCAAGCAGGAGUGGUCGUCGUCGCCGCUGCUGCACACGCCCACGCCCAACCUCAGAGACAACGAUACUCCUAAGACCCCAACACCGUUCAAGAUAGCGAUGGCUGAAAUAGGCAAGAAAUCAGGGCUCAAGUACGAGCCCUCCAGCCCCAACUGCCUCGUGGAGGACAUCACGGAGAUGAUCAAACGGGAGCAGAGCUCAGACAACACUGUGCAGCUCAACGACUCCAUGCUGUCUGCUACUGCGGACCAGGAACAGCACAAUGUACCGAUGGAGGACUCCGGCAUCGGCAGCCUGAAGCGGGAGCCCGGCAAGGAGAACCUGCCGGGCGCGGGGGCGGGGGCGGGGGCGGGACGACGCGCGCGCAAGGCGCUGGCCGCGCGCUGGGCCGGGCUCACCAGCACGCCGCGCGCCGGACGCGUGCCCGACCUCGCUUUCGUUCUCGAGACUCCUAGCAAAACUCUGGCCGGCGAUAGCUCAGUGAUGUUCUCACCGCCGUCCAUCGUCAAGAACUCCAUACUGGAAGAGUCCACGAGCCUCCACAGCCUCAUGAGUGCGGAAAACACCCCGAACACCAGCCAAUACGAAGACCUAGACAUCGAAACGGUCAUCACGAACAAAACCAAGGUCCCUCGAGCCGGAUCGCCGCUGGUGGUCAAGAAGUCGGCCGUGCGCUCCAUCAAGUUCGACCAAGAGCCGACCAUAGAGGAGAAGUCGGUCUCCACGUCCUUCUACAGUGUGUUUAUGGACGAACCAAAGUGGGAGUUAUUCGCUUGCGGCAAAACACAGGACCAGUUAGAUUUGACGGUGUUAGCCCAUCAGUAUCUGAGGAAAUCAGCUUUAAAACCCCGCUCCCUUAACUUCUAGAUUACUUUGAUGUUUACUGGCAGUGGCGUAGCGUAUCCAUCGCUGCCCGGGGCGGAAUUAAGUUUUGCCGCCCGUUUGAUGUCAUAAAACUUGACUUAGUGAACAUUUUGUUUCAAAACAAUGCUAAACCAUGCACUAAUGAAGAGUUUAUUUAUCAAAACUAAAAUUAUUAAUCUAGCUACGCGCACUGCCUUGCCGUGUUUGGCGAAGGCAACAUCUGAUUCGUCAUUGUAAAUUAGUCUUUAUGAAUAACUUACAUGAAGUUGAAAUUCGGUUAUACUGAAUGUUUUAAACCUUUGUAUUGUCAAUAUACAAGUUAUCUUUUUGAACACCGACCAAAUUUUCACAUCAGGGCAGCGCUAGCACGAGUUUUUUGCGAAAAUGUAAUUCUAUCGACAUCGACAAAAUUUAUAUGAAAAAAUGACCAGGGCCUCUAUCGUACGUAAGAGGAACUGUUAUUUCUCCAUAUAUAUUUAGACCUUGCCGAAACGAUUACAUAGUCGCUGAAUUUCGUGCUAGCCCCCACAGGUUUGUUUAGUAAAACAGUAUGCAUAAAACAAAUGAACAUUAAAAAAAACAACAAAAUACUAUUAAACUUUUUUGGACGGGUUUUAAAAGUCAGCCUGUAUAAACAUUAGCAAUGUUGCUAUUUAUAUAUUCACUUGAAUCACGCUUUUAUUACUUUUCUAAUGAUUUAAGCCGAGCUUAAGGUUUAUUAUGUUUGUUAUUUAAUUAUGUAAACCUACGGAGUAUGUAAAUAAACGUGUGAUUUAGAUUAUGUUUUUAUAUAAAUAAGUUAAUGGUUGAUUGUUUGACCAGUAGGUCAAUAUAAUAAUACUGAAAAAAGCAACAAAUUCUAAAAUAUUUUGUUUUCUUGUUUUGAUGUACCUGCGCAGAAAUCGAAAUAUUUACAUUGCGUGAAAAUGUUUCAGCCAAUUAAAUAUUUCGGCCAAUCACAGCGCGCCACACCUCUCCGCAAUUGGUUACUGGUCAUUCCUACGAGUGUUUUAACAAUUCGUCAAUUUUCUUAAGGGAUUUCUAAAAUCAAAUAUUAGUAAAACUAACAUUAGGUUGUAUAGGUCAAUUACUUCAUAAAGUAUGGCAAUAAAAUUGAUUCUUGUCUUUAUAAUUUGUAAAAUUGUAAUGAUAGCGCAGCCGCGGCAUUCGAAACGCUCAUAAGAAUGACCUGCUCCAUUACACGUAAAAUCGGAAAACAGAGUAAAACAUUCUAUUUCAUAUUUAUUGAGUUCACAUAUAGGUAUUGUAUAUAUUUAGCUUACCCCAUUUUCAUAUGCUUAUUAUUCAGAAAAUCAAGCUGUAUUUACAAUAAUAUAUCUUCAUUCCGCCAUAUUGUGUCAAGUUUUGGAAUAAGUUUUUAUUGUAUAAGUUUCUUUUUUUGUAAAUAUUUUGUUUAGAAUAUUUUUAUUAGGUAUCGUCUAUUUUAUCGAAAAAUGAUAAAAUUUAGUAAAUUAUGGAGUUUUGUAGCAUAUUCAUUUGGCUAUCUAAAACACAUUUUUCAGGUUCGGGUAUAAGUAAAAAAAAAUCUUGCAUGCAUACUGAUCGCAUGUAUAAAUACAAUCUCGGAAAGUCUUUUUUACCAAAAUAAAUAGUAAAGUCGAGUCUUGAUUGGCAACUUGCUAUUAUUCAAAUUCCUUUAUAAAUAUUAUUUUUUAAGUAUUUAUAAAUUAGUUUGAAAACACAGGCUAAUAGUUAAUUUCUUUUUUAUUCCUAAAAAUUGAUAGAGUAAUAUAGAACCGUUACAGUACAAAUUUAAUGAUAAAACAUUACCAUAAUGGUAUAGCAAUUAAAAUAUAUAUUUUUACAAUAAUACUUGUAUUAGUUAAAUUUUUCAUAAAAAUAGAUUUUGUUUGAUUUGAGUAAUAUCUAUUCGGCGUAAGUUUCCUUGCAUUUUGAUAUUAAAACAAAAUUAUUAUAAACCGAUAUGAAAAAUUUUUGAGCACGGAAUCGCAAUAAGUAAGGUCUAUUUUCAUAUUUUAUUUGUUAAAAAGAAACAGAAAAAUAACGGAAAAAUAUUAGAGUUGCACCGUGAUUAUUGAAAUCGGCAUAUCAAAAUAUUUUUUUUUCAAUUAGAUCAACAUGUCAAAAAUAUUUUUAUUUAAGUAAGUAGGCAGUAUUAGUAACACUUUUAAAUCUUCAUAAUUUUGUGGCUUACGAAUAGUUGCAUAUAUUUAAAAUUCAUUUCAUCCAAAGCGCAAAUGAAGAAGAAGCGCGCAAACUCCACUGCAGCAUUUUCACCAUGGAUGUCAUUGUGCAAAUGUUACAAAAAAUGUGGUGUAAAACAUUUGAGAUGUCAUUAUAUACUCGUGCUCAGUACAUUACGUCGGAAUUUUUAGAAAAAACCGAAAGGUUACAUAAUUAUGACCUAAAAAUACUGUAGGCCCCUCCUAGGAAAGAUGUCUAGAUACGCCCAUUGAGUUUAAAAUAGUAUUUAGAUAAUUCUAAUUCUAGCGUUUAGUAAGCGAAGCAAUAUUUAUAAACGAUUUAAUUAUGUUAACUUUAAAAUAACUUUAUUUUACGUUUUAUUUUGUAUUGUCUAUUCUGUAUUUUUAUUCUGCCUGUUCGCUUUUAAAUUAUUUACCUAAAAUAGUGCUAUCGGUUUCUCAAAAUAUAUAGAUAUGCUAUUUUGUAACACUAUAAUUCGUUUCUGACGAAGCAAGAAAAAUUGAAAACAACGAAUAUACUGCUAUCUUGUUCUGACAAAGUAUUCUUCAGUACAGGCGAAAUAUACAAAACUAUUGCGUAGAUUAUUUUUUGCUAAAUGUCGAAAAUCAUGAUUCUUAUAUGAUAGUAGGGAACACGAGACGUCACAUUUCUUUUAACCGUAUCAACUAUUCAUUAUUGAGAACUAAAAAAAUAUGGACCUGUUUCACAGCUUGCUAUUAAAGUAUCUAUCGAACAGAUGAUGUUAAAAAUUGUGUUUAACAAGUGUAUGAUAUGGUUAAGUGGAAAUUAACUUCAAUUAGAUUUAUCGAGCGGUUUAUGUCAGAUUACAAUAUGACACUUUAACACAUAGUGCUGAUAUAGGCUCUAAAUGACAAUAACAAUAAAUUGAUCAAGAAAAGUGACAUUUGAUUAUCGUGUUUCAUUAUAUUAAUGCAUUUAUACAUUUAAUUUUAUACCAAGAUAACUUUACUCAGAAAUGUAGUAUAUUGGUUCAAAAGUGAAGAACAGUAAAUAUCUAGUAAUUUUCGACUUUAUUUCCCUUUUCAUAAAGUUCAAAUUACAAUUUUGAGAACCGGCAGUUACGUACCUUAUUUUAAAGUUUGUGUGUUUCCUUAUUACUCUGCCAUAUAUAUGGUAUUUUAUACAAAGACUAUACCUGUUUUAAUAUGUGACUACCGUAAUUGUAAAUACAUUAAGUAAGAAGGUUUUAGCUUGGUGGAAAUAAAGGAUUGGAUUUUAA